UUCGAAAUCUCACGUAUUCAGUUGAAAAUAAUAAUCAGGAUCUGAACUUAGAAUCCAUCAAUUUAAUUUCCUGUGGGUCGUAUUGGCGUUUGUGUCAAGGUCAAACCUGAACUUGAGGUCAGCGAUAUAUGAUUGGGAAAACCAAGGGUGGCUUUAUUUUGUUAUGACGCGAAAGCGUUUGCAGGAUUCGUCUUGCUGUGCAAAGAAAUGGCACACAAAAAUUUUGAAAACAGAAAAUGAGGCGAGAACCUCUGUAAAAACUAGUAUUCGAUAUAAAGAUUUGUUUUCGUAUGCUAGCACAAGUGACCUGGUGAUUUUUUAUCUUGGAGUUCUACUGACCGUCGCAGUCGGAGCUGCUUUUCCACUGUCCAUAAUGAUAUUCCGUUGGAUUGUAAAUGACUUCAUGAAACCUACUGGUGUGCCUUACGAAAAAAUCUACCAUACGUCAUUGUGGUUUUUAGCUGUAGCGGUAUGCACAUUUUUUGUUUCACUAGCUCAAUCGUGGUGUACUAACAUUAGUUCUUCACGGCAAGUAAACUACAUCAGACAGCGUCUAAUUCAGGCAAUAUUGAGUCAAGACAUAGAAUGGUUGGAUGAACAUAAUAUUGGAGGCCUUAUGGAUAAACUUACUGAGCACACAACUAAUAUACGUCUUGGUGUAGGAGAAAAGCUGAAUGAAUUCAUUCAAAACAUCUCAAGUUUCGUAUUCAGCUUAUCUAUUGCAUUUGUAUUUGGUUGGAAGCUUAGUUUAGUCGCUUGCGCAACACUACCGUUAGUACUUACUGGCUUUUCUCUGUUUGGUACUUUUGCAAGACGUUUCACUCAGAAAGAGCAUGAUGCAUAUUCCAAGUGUAGUGCAGUUGCAGAAGAGGUUUUAAGUGCAAUACGGACGGUGAUAGCUUUUGGUGCUGAGAGUAAAGAAGUUGUUCGUUACAGCAGUAAUUUGGAUGAAGCUGCUUCAUUUGGCACCAAACACGCUGGUUAUCUGGGAUUCGCUGGUGGUUUUGUUGGAAUGUCGAUAUACGCAUCUGCAGCUUUAGUAUUUUGGUAUGGAGUGACAUUAAUUCGACAGGAUAAUUAUGAUCCAGGAUCUGUAAUUCUAGUCUUCCUCAAUAUUAUCAUUGGUAGCUUGUUUUUAGGUAGUGCCUUACCAAAUUUUCGAUAUUUUCAUAUGGCUAAAACAUCAGCUCAGGAUAUAUUCAAUAUUAUUGAACAGAAACCUUUAGUGGAUAAAACAUCGUCAGGAGAAAAACUUAAUAAUUUCACCGGCAAAAUAACAUUUAAAAAUGUUACAUUUUCGUAUCCAUCACGUCGUGAAAAAUCUGUGUUUAAAAACCUUAAUUUAACUAUAGAAGCAAAACAAACCACAGCUUUAGUUGGCUCUAGUGGAUGUGGUAAAACGACAAUAACUCAAUUACUGGAAAGAUUUUAUGAUCCAGACAGUGGACAGAUACUUUUCGAUGAUGCAGACAUUUCUACACUGAAUGUCAGUUGGCUUCGUUCACUCAUUGGAAUUGUACAACAAGAGCCAAUUUUAUUCUCAGGAACAAUAUCAGAGAAUAUACGUUUAGGGUGUUUAAAAGACACUGUAUGUAGUGAUGACGAUAUUAUAGAAGCAGCGAAAUUGGCCAAUGCUCAUGAAUUCAUUAUCAAAUUACCUCAGGGUUAUAAAACAAUGAUAUCUCGAACUGGUGUAGAAUUAUCUAUUGGUCAAAAGCAGCGUAUUUCUAUUGCUCGUGCUCUGAUACGUAAACCGAAAAUUCUAAUCCUGGAUGAAGCUACUUCCGCUUUAGACAAUCAUUCAGAGAGAAUGAUUCAAUCAGCUUUAGAAAAGAUUAAGCUUAAUCGUACUCUAAUAAUUAUCGCUCAUCGUUUAUCAACUAUACAAAAUGCUGAUAAAAUUGUUGUCCUAGAAGAUGGUUGUAUUAAACAAAGUGGGACGCAUACAGAGCUGGCGUCGACUUUGGGAUUAUAUUCAGCAUUAUUAAAAUUUGAGAUGCCUGAAGUAAAUGCUCCGCCUAUUAACAGUGAAACAUAUUCACCCGUAGAAGAUGGUAAAAUAUGGAAUGAUGAAAAAACUCCACUUAAAGAUCACAUUCAAAAUGAUAAUGAUAAUGGUGUAACGAUUAUAAAUCACAAAAAGGAGAAAGAAAGUGAUUACAAGGUGAAUUCAAGUAAAGUAUCACUGAAAAUGUCAAAGUCGACUGAUGUUCGCAUAAAAAGUGGUGGUUUUUUUUCAUCUAUGCGGCGUUUAUUUAAGUUAUCUCGACCAGAAUGGAAAUUUUUAACUCUGGGAUGUAUAGCUGCAUCAAUCACUGGUGGUCUACAACCUGUUUUUGCUGUUCUAUACUCAGAAAUGUAUGCUAUAUUUAAUUUAACCCAAAAACCAGAUGAAAUGCAAACCAGAGCUAAUUUCAUUUCAAGUAUUAUAGCUGGACUUGGUUUAAUUCGAUUGAUCUCCUCUACUUGUCAGGGUUAUUUUCUUGGUAUUUCGGGUCAAAAGUUAACCAGACGUUUACGUGAGAAUCUGUUUGCAUCUAUGUUGAAACAAGAAAUAGCAUGGCAUGAUCAACCAGAGCAUAGUCCAGGCAUUCUGCUGGUUAUGCUAACAACAGAUGCAAAUAAAGUGAAUACACUGUGUGGUGUAUCAUUGGGUCGAUUAAUUGAGUCCACUGUACUAGUGAUUGCUUCACUAACUAUCGGUUUCGUCUAUAAUUGGAAGCUGACUUUAGUUGUACUAGUUUUCUUCCCGGUGAUUAUGUUAUCAGGUUAUUUACAGCUCCGACAGAUUCGUAAAAGUUCGUAUGGCAGUAAAGAAACAACAGCAGCUCGAAUUAUUUAUGAAGCUCUUAGUUCAACAAGAACAAUGUACGCCUAUAAUUUGGAAAAUUAUUUUUAUAAGCAGUAUUGUUCUAUACUCAAUUCGGAAAUGACUGCUGAUAAUCGUACGUUCAUAGUUUAUUCAUUUGUUUAUGCCUUGGCUCAAUCAUUACCAAUAUGCGCAUAUGCAGCUGCAUUUUCAUGUGGAGCUUAUCUAAUGAGUAUUGAAGAGAUCACGUUGAUAGCGAUAUUCAGGGUCUUCGCUGCUAUCAGUUUCGCCGCUCAAGCACUUGGUAGAACAUCACAUAUUGGCCCAGAAAUGAAACAUGCCUCACUGGCAGCUGAUCGAAUUUUUAAACUUUUGGAUCGAAAGUCUAAAAUACCCGUCAAUGAAGGUUUACACCUUGAUCAACCUUUAAAUAGUAUACCUAUAGAAUUUAGACAAGUCUCAUUCCGUUAUCCAUCUCGGCCAGAAUCUUGGAUUUUAAAGAACUUUUCACAUACAUUUCAACCUGGUCAAAAGACAGCUAUCAUAGGACUUUCAGGAUCUGGUAAGACCAGUAUACUAAGCUUAAUUCAACGACUUUAUGAAAAUGAAAAUGACAAUUCAAGUUGUGGGAUAUUUUUCAAUGGUAUUAAUAGUCGAACAAUUUCACCGAAAUGGAUUCGUCAACAAAUUGGUGUCGUCAGUCAAGAACCACAAUUAUUUAAUAUUUCUAUCAUGGAAAAUAUUGCUUAUGGGAAUAAUAAUGUACAAGCUAUAACAAUGGAUGAAAUAACCAAUGCAGCACGUCGUGCAAAUAUUCAUGAAUUCAUCAUGAGUCUUCCAGAGGUAGGUGGUAAUUAUUCAAAGUAAUCCAUAAUGUCAUAUGUAUGUUCGUGAAAUUAAUUCAAAUCUCCUGUAAAACAGCCAUCAUUUACAUAUCAGUGUCCAAUUCAACGAUGCCUACUGGAUGGGUGUCGUGGCCUCCUCUGGCAAGAAGUUGGUCAUCGAAAGCAUUGAUUGACAAAGUUAGAAUACACGGGUCUUUGAAUUCCGCUGAAUAGUCAAAACAACCAGCUCAGUCUCUUAACCAAAAUGCCCAGUGAGUUUGAUAUCCCUGACGACAUCGUGGGUGUUCAGCGUUGGAGAGUCUGAAACUAGAAUGAGACAGCUAGCUAGCUGUCUAGCGCUCCCCGGUUUUCACUGACCUCUAUAACUGAUGAACAAAUCCAGAUCUCUACAAAAACCUCUGGUGCGUAAUUUGAAACGAGGCAAAGCGGCAGGACCCGACGGAAUUAUUCCGGAGGUGUUUGAAUAUGGGGGUGACAUACUAGGCAACGUCUGGGAAUCAGAGACGGCUCCAUCAGACUAGGGGUUACAAUACACUAGCUGGUCCUCGUGGAACACAUAUAUCCACUGGCCAACGACAAAGAAUUGCAAUAGCACGCUGUCUUGUGCGUAAACCAAAACUGUUAUUGUUGGAUGAAAUCACAUCUGCACUUGACUUACAAAAUGAACAAUCCAUUCAAAAUACACUAGCUAGUCUACCUUAUGAUUGUACAUACAUAACAGUAACUCAUAGACUACUUACAACAGCACAAGUCGAUGACAUCUUAGUAUUAGCCAAUGGCAAGGUGAUUGAAAAUGGUACAUUUAACCAAUUGAAACAAUCGAAAGGAGUCUUCUAUGCAUUAUUCUGUACUAAGGAAAACAACUAAUCGAAUCGUCAUCCGGCCGACCUGCCUACCUACUUGAUGAUCAUGAUAAUAAUCUCGAAACUCACCUUUUGUCGAAGGAAUCAGCAAUUUAUAAACUCUGAACUAAUAACGAAAUAAAUACAACCUAACACUCUAUAUCUGUACACUAAUACGCAUUAUGUGUAAAUUUCACGUACACAAUAAUUAACUUUUUUAUAACAAAAUAUUACAGAAUAAAUAUUGUAUUUUA